UUGUUUAAAAUUAAUUUUAAACAUUGUCUUUUAUCAUUCUUUAAACCGCUGGAGAGAGCUGAUACAUUGUGUAAGUGGUUGCAUCAAUCCUAUUCUGUACCAAGAAAAGAGCUCUGUUGCCUAGCAACAUGACAAAGGCCCUUUGAUGAUGCCUUAGAGUCAUGUUGCUAGGCAACGUGACAAAAAGCCCAAAGUCAAGACCCAUUGAUGUCACCAACUGCUUUAUGAUGUCAUGAUGACUAUACCAACCUGAUGUUGGUGCUUUGUUAGUUACUAAUUAAUUAAAAAAUAGAAAAAAACAACAAAAGAUAAAAGGUAUACAAUUCUAAAGAUAAAGGGAAUAGAAUCAGGGUUUAGUGAUGUCAUAAAUCUCACGUGACAUGAAUGCCCUUAUGUAAUGAUGAUGUCAGAGCACCUGAUGUGAGUUUGUCAUCAUGACAUCAUAUGACAUCACAUGACAUCACAUGACAUAAUGUGACAUAAUGUAGACUGCCACUCUAGUUCAUAAAUACAUCUCAGAUUUCUAGUUAAAACAUUCGCUGUGGUUGAAGAGAUCUAAGGUUAUUGCUCUAGAAAGAGUACUUUGGAAACGCACUUGGAGCACAUUCUUUGCAGAGACAAAAAGCUUUUGUUUCUGAAACUUUCUGGAAACUCUGUCAUUUCUGUUAUUUUACACCUAACAAGUGGUAAAAAUGCCCCGUGUAACUAAGGCAAACAGGCGCAACAAUCCAAGCCCAAAACUCAGUGAAGUUCUGGAGGAACUCAACACGCUGAAAAAGGCCCAUGAAAACCUCAUCCAGGACAAAAAAGGCCAGGCUCUUUCUACCAAGGUGGAAGCUCUUGAGCAUGAAAAUGCUCAAUUGAAGAAAGAACUAGAAGAACUUGCUGUUUCAACUGACACCAAAGAGUUGAGACAGAAAUUCAACAACUUAAAAGAAGAGAAAGACCAGACGACUGAAGAACAGUUGACCCUGAAACAGACCAACCUUGACAUGGUCUGGGAGCUGGAAGAGUGCAAGGCCGUGUUGAUCCAACAAAUGGACAUCAAUGACAAAAAUGAAGCUUGCAUCAAAAAGCUGAAACAGCAGCUUAAAGAUUUCAAAGAGCAGAAGGCUGCAAAGGGAGGCAAAGGACCCAAACCAGACAACAACAAAGCCUUUGAGGACCUUGAAAGAAAAUAUCAGGAGUCUCAAAAGGAAAAUGAGGAACUAAAGGCAGAAAAUCAAGUUCUGGUUGAUGAAGUUGAAGAUUUGGAGAGAGAAAAUGCUGACCUAAACAAGAAACUGGAGGUCUCUGCUCAGCAUGAAUCCACAAUUACUGAGCUGAAAGAGCAACUGAAGAAACAUGAGGAGGAGAAAAAGGCUCUCCUUGAAUUGAACAAACUCAGAGAAAAAGAAGCAGAAGAUGCAAAAAGGGAGUUGGAAGAAAUGAAGGCAAACAAAGAGAAGAAAACGGUCUCUGUGCAGACUGACUCUGAUGCUGAGGAGAAGAAAACAGUCUCUGUACAGACUGGUGAUGCAUUCCUGAUUCCCAGAGUCAAAGAGGGAGAAACCACAGAAGAACAGGUUGAGGUAGAAGAAGAGGAACCAAAGAAAGGAAAGAAGGUCAAGAGGUUUUCCUUCACCAAAUUUUGGCGCAGAUUGUUUUGCUGUAAAAAAGUCAAGCAAGCGACUGCACACAAUUAAAAAAAAAGAUCAACUUAGUUUUAAAAAAAGGGGCUGCAUGGCAAGGUUUGCAUGUUCUUUCCAUGCAUGCGUGGGUUUUUCUCUGGGUGCUCCAGUUUUCCCCCCACAACCCAAAAUAGAAAAGAUGUAAAUCAUGAUUGGUCAGGGUUUAGAAGCUAGUGGGAGUGUGUGCAGUGAUUGAGUUCAACUUUUGUUUUUUGUUUUUUGCUUUUAAUUGAAAAAACGGGCUGCAUGGUUAAAUUGGCGUGUUCUUUCCAUGCAUGCGUGGGGUUUUCUCUGGGUGCUCUAGUUUCCCCCCACACACACAAAAAAAAGUGAAAAUCAAGAUUCCUAAAUGUAAUGACACAAGACACUGGUAAUGUCCAGGAAAACAUUGAAAAAGAUUUUAAGAACAUUUUCUUUUUUGUGGUUAAAUUGAAGCUUUUAACAAAAAUGUUCAUGUUUACUUCCAGUCAUUAAUUAAAACUGUAUUAUAUUUUAUUUCCAUGUAUUUAUGCAAAUGUAUAUAAUGUACAAUAACUUGUUAUGUGUUAGUCUGUGAUAAAAAAAUUAAAAUUAAAAAAAGUAAAAAUAAAAAACAUAUAUAUAA